AUCGUGUUCAAAAAAUGGCGGAUGAACAGGAACUUUUCUUGAUCGAGUUUCUAGUCGAAAAGGUUAAAAUCCCAGUGAUAAGGGCAAUGCAGGACGAUCUAUUACCUGCGUGUACCUGUGUCUCCUUUCAGAUUCUUAGCCUACCGCCAGUCGACAUUUGCCAAGAAGCCCUGACAGAUGGCUGCGGUUGCACCGAAGGCGACACGCAGGUUUUCAAGAAAGGCAAAUCUUGUUUAUUCGCGUUGCCAUCGAUCGUUCUUCAGAGACCUUUAACCACGUUCCCCAUAAAACUAUCUGUCUAUAAGAAACUACCACCUGGAGUGCUACCAGAUGUGAUGCUGGUUGGCUGUCAUCAAAUCGAGGCAAAAGCAAUAAUAAACGCCGUAUUGAGCCAACAAGUCUUCAAAAUACCGAAUCCUUGUCAAACGAUCAAGGACACGUUUAAAAUUACUACGGCAACAGGACAAUGCGUUGGAUCUGUGACAGUUUACAUAAGAGCUUCCUGUUUCGGCAAGAAGAUCAUCACCCAGUUUCAGAUACCACACAAUAGGAAACCAUAUCUGUUUAAAGGGGCGGACGACAGUCCUGUUUUUCAAUGCAAGAAGAUACCCUCUGAAUGCUAUACACCAGCUCCAUUGACGUGUACCUGUACGAAGAAAUGUAUCGAUGGUAGUGGAGAGUCUACAGGAAGAACCUGUUGUGCCACACCGAUCGUUCAGACGUCUUCGUGCCCCCCCUUGCCUAAACCUCCUGAUUAUGGUCCACGACCGUGCUGCGCCUCGCGUCAACCAUCCUCAGGGAAACAAUGUCCAUGUUCGCCGAAAGCCCGACGGAAAGAUCAAGUAGCUUCCCCGUGUUGUUGUUCUGAGCCAAUAUCCAGUUUUCGCGCCAUUGCUCGUCAACAAGCAGCUGCAGGAGGGAAAUGUAGCCCGUGUGCAAAGCCAGCUCCUUGUUCACCUUGUUGCGGUGCUUCCUCCCUAUCGACAGGACCCAAACCACACGGUGAUUUGCUUAGCAAGGAGAUCGUGAAAAAAUGUGGAUGUCCUGUAAAGGAAUACAGUUGCACCUGUGGUUAACAGAAAUGAAAAGAAACUUUUCUUUUCUUGGAAAACAGUAGAAACUUCUCCGUGAUACUUAGAAGGUAAAGAGGUCAAUGUACCAAGCGAAUAAGACGGAUGAUUUUAUUUUAUUUGUAACUUCAAGGCUUUCCUUAAAAUGAAUACGUGCGAUAUAAAAUAACUCGUUGAAAAAAAUCGAAGAAUCUGAACACGUGUUCUUAUGGGAACAAUCGAUGAAAGUGUUUCUCAAUAACUAAU